GUUUCAAAGAUUGUUAUAUUAAAUAAUGUUACUCGACACUUUAAAAAACACAGCAUUUUAUAUUGCAGAUUAUUGGAAAGAUAACGAUUCAUUGUUGAUCCGUGAUGUUCCUCUUACUAAGAAACAAUGUGUUUCAUUGUCUGUAGCAGCCACAACAACGUAUGUGUUAUGGAAACUUUAUAAGCGCAGCAUCAGAAGCACAGUGGAUCCCUCUCUUUUACCACCUAUGGUCAAGGGAGCUCUUCCUCUCUACGGUCACCUAAACAAACUCAAAAAGGAUCCAGCCAAAUUUUUAGACGAAGCAAGAGAUACUUAUGGUCCUUGUUUUAGAAUUACCGUUCCCGGCCAAGGCACUGUGGUCGUGGCUACUGGCACAGUCAUUGAAGAAAUCAUGAAGGCGAAUAAAAACUUUAGCUUCUUUAAGGGCAUUGAACUUGUGUUCCCAUCUGCCAAAGUUGUAGAGUUAUCGUAUCAACAUAAAUGGGAAGUAGAAACCAUUAGUCCUCGGGCAAAAAAUCCUACCAUCUAUCCUAUCAAGCAAAACUUUAAGGAGCAUCAAAUUGAUGUGUUUACUGAACGUAUCAUGAAAUCCUUUGAAGCUGGACUCAAGAAGCACUUUGACUUGAAGAAAGGAGAGAGAGAAGAAGUAGAUGUCUGGCCUCUGAUGGGUCUCCUGGUGGCCAACAUUUCUUGUGCUUGUUUCGCUGGGAGUCAAGCAACAGGCAACGAAGCCUUGAUCCGUGGUAUGGCUACUUUUACACAAAAGAUUGGUAAAGCAAGCAUGUUUUGGACAGUACUUCCUCAAUGGCUUGGCCAAUUUAUCAUUCGUCAUUUCUUCUCGGUUGAAAAAGAAAUGGAUUACAUCAUGGGUGAAUUGGUGCCUCAUUUGACCAAGGUUAGAAACGGCGAAUUAGGCGAUGAUUAUGAGGAGACAUAUGCUACCAUGGUACUCAACUUGCCUAAAGAAGACGGUUCUCUCCGUAGUGUACCCGACGCUGCUUAUCAUUUCAAUGCCAUUGCAUUAGCUAGUAUUCAUACCACGUCUCAUUUCACUACUUUUGCUCUACAUGAACUUGCUCCUCGUCCUCAACUCGUGGAAGAUUUGAGAGCUGAGCUCGCUACGCUUGGAGAUAACAGAACACCUGAAACCGUAGCCAAGCUUUCCUUGAUGGACUCUUUCUUUAGAGAAGUAUUGAGACAUAAUGACAACUACUUAGGCUUGCACCAUUUGACUCUCAAAGACAGCACUUUAUCCACAGGUCAUGUUGUGCCUAAAGAUAGCGUGGUGGUUCUGUCUGUCGAUCAGAUGCAUCGUGAUUUACGCUUCUUGCCUAUAGAUCAAGAAACAGGCGAACCUGUUGCUGGCGAAACACCUUUAAGCGAGUUCGAUGCUUAUCGCUAUCACAACAAGAAGGUCAAAUCUACAAAUGUAGGUUUAGAAUUCCUCCCUUUUGGUAUGGGUGCUCAUGCUUGUCCUGGUCGUUUCUUUGCUGCUAAUGAAAUCAAAUACAUGGUUGCUGAAAUUCUGAUGCGUUACAACGUGACGACCAAAACAGGUCUUCGUGCCAAAGACAAUGUCUUUUUAGGCAUGAUUCGAUUCCCUCCUAAAGAACCUUUAAUUUUUGAAGCAAUUUAAUUUAUUAUAAUAC